CCUAGGGCUCGGAACGUCGGAUGCGGGGCGGCCCGGACUUCGGGAGGCAACCCAGCUACUUAAGGCAAAUUGAAGCAGCUCUCCAGGCUCCGGUAGAGAGAAUGACAAUUUAUACCAGAUGACCUCCCAGCUUGAAUGCAUGACCUGGAAUCAGAUGAACUUGGGAGCCACACUGAAGGGAGUUGCUGCUGGGAGCUCCAGCUCAGUGAAAUGGACAGAAGGGCAGAGCAACCACAGCACAGGGUAUGAAAGCGAUAACCACACCACACCCAUCCUCUGUGGCGCCCAGUACAGAAUACACACCCACGGUGUCUUCAGGGGCAUUCAGGACGUUCGGCGUGUGCCCGGAGUAGCCCCGACUCUUGUCCGUUCGGCAUCUGAGACCAAUGAGAAACGCCCCUUCAUGUGUGCUUACCCGGGCUGCAAUAAGAGAUAUUUUAAGCUGUCUCACUUACAGAUGCACAGCCGGAAGCACACUGGUGAGAAACCAUACCAGUGUGACUUCAAGGACUGUGAGCGAAGGUUUUCUCGUUCAGACCAGCUCAAAAGACACCAAAGGAGACACACAGGUGUGAAACCAUUCCAGUGUAAAACUUGUCAGCGAAAGUUCUCCCGGUCCGACCACCUGAAGACCCACACCAGGACUCAUACAGGUAAAACAAGUGAAAAGCCCUUCAGCUGUCGGUGGCCCAGUUGUCAGAAAAAGUUCGCCCGGUCAGACGAAUUAGUCCGCCAUCACAACAUGCACCAGAGAAACAUGACCAAGCUCCAGCUGGCACUUUGAGGGGGCCAACCCAGGGACAGACCUGUGUCCCAGGCAGGACAGUGUGGGAACUGCUUUCCAAUCUGACUUUAAAAAUCCCUCCUCAUUCACCACUCUAAGAAGGAAAUGGCAGUUCGCCUUCAUCCAGCUUCCAAGACAAGAUGCGUGUACUACUGGAUCCCACCAGGUUUCCCCGGAGAAGGUGGCCUCCACUCUGCCAACUUGUAGUUGACUCACAAGGCCCCGGAGAGGUGGCCAACGACAGACAUCGCCGUUUGGUCUGGAUUUCCCAGUGUAAGAAGAGCCAUUGUUGAGAAGGUUCCCCCACCCUCUUCUUUUACGCUCAUUUUCACUGGGAUGGAGUCAUUGUACCAUUUUCCAUCAUAGAAUAUUUAUAGGCCAGGGCAUGUGUAUGUGUCUGCUAAUGUAAACUUUGUCAUGGUUUCCAUUUACUAACAGCUAUAGCAAGAAAUAAAUCAGAGAGCAGGGCCCUGGGGGUGAGACCCGUCCGACAGUGCGGAGGUUAGGCAGGCUGCUGUGCGCUGCCAGGCAGUUUUUAAAGCUCGUGUGUUUCAAGCAGCUGAAAAAAAGAAUCAGAACUAACUAGCAACUCUGUAGAGAAAUAUGAAGGAAUAUUACCAUUCAAUUAAUUCAAUGUUAACAUUAACACAAUGCUCUUAAGACACCGUGUUUGAAGAUCUGAGAUUUUGGUUUUGUGUUCAUUUUUGACUUUUUGAAUUGUAGUCAUAUGCGUCUUCUGAGAUGUACGUAUCUCCUCCACAAAGGAAGUGGAAUUCGUUUUUAUCAUGUGGGGUGUCCUUAGGGUCCUUCAAGUGUACAGGCCACGCUGGUUAUGUGGCUUCAAGUUGUAAAAAUUAAAGCGACUCGAAAAGAAAUAGGGCUGAUCUGAGAUCUCACUGAUAAGACUGUUCUUUAGUAACUUAAGUAACUUUGGAUCUACAAGUAUAUGUGCAAAAAAUGAUACUAGGGUGAGGAAAUCCAUUGUUUAAAGGUAAUUGGAUGUGUGUGAUUUUUUCUUUUUCGGAUUUUUAAGGGAGGGAGUUGUUUAUUUACUGUUGCUUGAAAUUAUUGUGUAAAUAUAUCUAUCUGAUAAUGAUUUGCUCUUUGACAACUAAAGUUAGGAAAUGUAUAAAUGUUAGAUGCAUCACUGUCUCGGUGUUGAUCUUACAACGUAUGGAUAACACUAAAAAUGUAACCUGCAUUUUUUUCACUUCGCUCUCAAUUAAAGUCUAUUCAAAAGGAAAGUGGCAAGAUUCUAUCAGCCCUAUUGAGCUCAAA